GUGCCCGCUCCGGCCGCAGCGCGUUCCAGAACCAAGGAGCCGCCCCCUCGCCGCGGGCUCCCGGCGCGUGGGGCGCGGGCGCGGAUCAGACACCGCCUCCGCCCACACCCGGGCUGCGCUAGCCUGCCGCGUGAAGCUCGUGCCCCUGGACGGCGGUGUCCCGGAGCCUCUCCGCGGGCAAAUGAGGCAGGAGGACAGCGCAGGAGGGAUGGCGGCGGCAGCGCAGGCUCGGGGCUGGGCACCUCGAUCUGGGCUGCCACUGCUCCUGUGGCUUUUGCUGCUGCUGCUGCUGCCGCUGCCGCCCGCCGUGUGCCCCGCCGCUCGGGGCCCCUCGACCCCGGCCCAGCUCAGCCUGCACCCGCCCUACUUCAACUUGGCCGAGGCGGCGAGGAUUUGGGCCACCGCCACCUGCGGGGAGCGGGAGCCCGACGGCGCGCGGCCGCGGCCUGAGCUCUACUGCAAGUUGGUGGGGGGGCCCACCGCCCCGGGCAGCGGCCAAACCAUCCAGGGUCAAUUCUGUGACUAUUGCAAUUCUGAGGACCCCAGGAAAGCACACCCAGUCACCAAUGCAAUUGAUGGAUCUGAACGUUGGUGGCAAAGCCCUCCUCUCUCCUCAGGCAUGCAGUACAACCAGGUCAAUGUCACCUUGGAUUUAGGGCAGCUUUUCCAUGUGGCCUAUGUUUUAAUUAAAUUUGCAAAUUCUCCUCGCCCUGAUCUUUGGGUCUUGGAACGAUCUGUCGACUUUGGAAGCACCUACUCACCUUGGCAAUAUUUUGCUCAUUCCAAAGUAGACUGUUUGGAACAGUUUGGGCGGAAGGCAAAUAUGGCCAUCACCCGAGAUGAUGACGUACUUUGUACUACGGAAUAUUCUCGAAUUGUGCCGUUGGAAAAUGGCGAGGUUGUGGUGUCCUUGAUAAAUGGUCGUCCAGGUGCAAAAAACUUUACCUUUUCUCACACCCUGAGGGAGUUCACCAAGGCCACGAACAUCCGCCUGCGUUUUCUCAGAACCAACACCCUUCUUGGACAUCUCAUCUCCAAAGCACAGAGAGACCCAACCGUCACUCGGAGGUAUUAUUACAGCAUAAAGGAUAUCAGCAUUGGUGGACGGUGUGUUUGCAAUGGCCAUGCUGAUGUGUGUAAUGCAAACAAUCCUGAAAAACUGUUUCGGUGUGAAUGCCAGCACCACACCUGUGGGGAGACGUGUGAUCGCUGUUGUGCAGGGUACAAUCAGAGGCGCUGGCAGCCUGCCACGUGGGAGGAGAGCAGUGCCUGCGAAGCCUGCAACUGCCAUGGCCAUGCCAUCGAUUGUUACUAUGAUCCAGAUGUUGAGAGGCAGCAGGCAAGCUUGAACAUUCAAGGCAUCUAUGCAGGUGGAGGGGUCUGCAUUAAUUGUCAGCAUAACACAGCUGGUGUAAACUGUGAAAAGUGUGCUAAGGGUUAUUACCGUCCGUAUGGUGUUCCGGUCCACGCCCCUGAUGGCUGCAUCCCCUGCAGGUGUAACCCUGAGCACGCAGAGGCCUGUGAGCAGGGCUCUGGCCGCUGCACCUGCAAGUCCAAUUUCCGCGGAGACCACUGUGAGGAGUGCGCAGCCGGCUACUAUCAUUUCCCAUUUUGCUUGAAAAUUCCCAUUUUCCCUGCGUCUACUCCAAGUCCCAAAGGUCCAGUAGCUGGAGAUUUAAAAGGCUGUGAUUGUAACCUGGAAGGAGUUCUCCCCGAGAUAUGUGAUGCCCAAGGGAAGUGCCUGUGCCGCCCCGGGGUGGGGGGCCCCCGGUGCGAUGCCUGCCACCCGGGUUUCUACUCCUUCCCUAUUUGCCAAGCCUGCCAGUGUUCAGCCCUCGGCUCCUACCAGAUGCCCUGCAGCCCAGUGACUGGCCAGUGUGAGUGUCAGCCGGGGAUCACAGGACAGCGGUGUGACAGGUGUCUCUCAGGAGCCUCUGAUUUUCCCCACUGCCAAGGCUUCAGCGGUGCCUGUGACCCAGCCGGAACCCUGGACUCCAGUUUGGGCUUUUGCCAGUGUAAGCUUCAUGUCGAAAGUCCUACUUGUAGCAUUUGCAAACCAUUAUAUUGGAAUUUGGCCAAAGAAAAUCCUGAUGGUUGUUCAGAAUGCCGAUGCCACAUGGCGGGAACUGUGAGCGGAAUUGGAGAGUGCGGGCAGUUAGAUGGUGACUGUCACUGUAAGUCCCAUGUCGGUGGUGAUUCCUGUGACACCUGUGAAGAUGGCUAUUUUGCUUUGGAAAAGAGCAGUUACUUUGGGUGUCAAGGAUGUCAGUGUGACAUUGGUGGAGCCGUCACCCCAAUGUGCAGUGGGCCCUCCGGAGUCUGCCAGUGCCGAGAGCAUGUGGUGGGGAAGGUGUGCCAGCGACCCGAGAACAACUACUAUUUCCCGGAUCUGCACCAUAUGAAGUAUGAGAUUGAAGAUGGCACUGCACCUGAUGGAAGAGCACUUCGGUUUGGAUUUGAUCCCCUGGAGUUUCCUGGGUUCAGCUGGAGAGGUUAUGCUCAGAUGACCACAGUGCAGAAUGAAGUAAGGAUCGUGAUGAACGUGGGGAAGUCAAGUCUCUCCUUGUUUCGUGUUGUUCUGAGAUAUAUCAACCCUGGAACUGAAGCAGUAUCUGGCCGUGUAACUAUUUAUCCAUCCUGGGCUAAGGCAGGUGUUGCUCAAAGCAAAGAGAUCAUCUUCCAGCCGAGUAAGGAGCCAGCCUUUGUCACCGUACCCGGAAAUGGUUUUGCAGACCCGUUUUCGAUUGUACCAGGGACGUGGAUUGCUUGUAUUAAGGCAGAGGGAGUCCUCCUGGACUACCUGGUGCUGCUCCCCAGGGACUACUAUGAGGCCCCCUUGCUGCAACUGCCAGUCUCAGAGCCGUGUGCCGACACAGGACCUCCCCAGGAGAAUUGCUUGCUUUACCAGCAUUUGCCAGUGACCCGAUUCCCCUGUGCCCUGGCUUGUGAGGCCAGCCACUUCCUGCUUGAUGGGGAGCCAAGACCCUUGGCAGUGAGACAGCCCACCCCCGGACACCCAGUCAUGGCAGACCUCAGCGGGAGAGAGGUGGAACUGCGCCUGCGGCUGCGGGUCCCGCAGGUGGGCCACUAUGUGGUCAUGCUCGAGUAUGCCACGGAAGCAGACCAGCUGUCUGAGGUCACUGUGCACGUGCAGAGUCCUGGGGCCAUGCUGACAGGCUGGGCAGACAUCUACAGCUGCAAGUACAGCAUCCUCUGCCGCAGCGCUGUGACCGACGGCGGGAGUGGCCUCGCUGUGUAUGAGCUGUUAGCAGAUGCUGACAUACGGCUCAAAGCGUGGACAGCUCGAUUCCUUCUGCAUCAAAUUUGCAUCAUACCCAUUGAAGAAUUCUCAACGGAGUAUUUGAGACCUCAAGUCAAAUGCAUCGCCAGUUAUGGGCAAUUUGUGAAUCAAAGUGCUGCGUGCAUCUCCCUGGUUCCUGAAACUCCUCUCACAGCAUUAAUUUUGGAUGUUCCUCAUGGUGGGCCUUCCCCUCUCCUGCCCCAGGACCCUUCACCUUCCACUGCUGCAGUUACUGGAAUAAUCUUGAAGGCCCCGCAAGAUCAAGUGACCCUGCGAGGACUUGUCCCACACCUGGGCCGCUAUGUCAUUGUCAUCCAUUUUUAUCAGCCAGCGCACCCGACGUUCCUGGCGCAGGUGUCUGUGGACGGAGGGCAGCUGCAGCCAGGUGUCUUCCGUGCGUCUUUUUGUCCCCAUGUGCUCGGCUGCCAGGACCACAUGAUGGUGGGAAAUCAGGUCGAGUUUGACAUCUCAGAGCCUGAGGUGGCCGUGACUGUGAAGGUUCCAGAAGGGCGGUCCUUAGUCUUGGUCCGCGUCCUGGUGGUGCCUGCGGAGAACUACGACUACCAAAUCCUUCACAGGAAAUCAGUGGACAAGUCGUUUGAGUUCAUCACCAGCUGUGGAGGAGACAGUUUUUAUAUUGACCCCCAGAAAGCCUCUGGAUUCUGUAAGAACUCCGCCAGGUCCCUGGUGGCCCUUUACCACGAGGGCGCGCUGCCCUGCGAGUGCCACCCCGCUGGGGCUGUUGGACGUCACUGCAGCCCAGAAGGCGGGCAGUGCCCGUGCCGGCCCCAUGUCAUUGGGCGGCAGUGUACCCGCUGUCAGAUGGGCUACUACGGAUUCCCACACUGCAAGCCAUGCAGCUGUGGCCAGCGCCUCUGUGAGGAGACAACAGGGACGUGCCUCUGCCCGCCCCGCACGGUCAGGCCCCAGUGUGACAUGUGCGAGACACACUCCUUCAGCUUCCACCCCCUGGCUGGCUGCGAAGGCUGCAACUGUUCCAGGAUGGGCACCGAUGGGUCUGCCAGCCCGGAGUGCGACCGGGACCACGGGCAGUGCAGAUGCAAGCUCAGGAUCUCAGGGCGACAGUGUGACCGAUGUGCUCCUGGCUUCUAUCGCUUCCCUGAAUGCCUCCCCUGCCACUGCAACAGAGAUGGGACCGAGCCGGGGAUCUGUGACCCAGAGACCGGUGCUUGUCUCUGCAAGGAAAAUGUGGAAGGUACAGAAUGUGAUGCCUGUCGGGAAGGCUCAUUCGACCUGGACCCAGCGAAUCCCAAGGGUUGUACCCGUUGCUUUUGUUUCGGAGUAAGUCGUCAUUGUCACAGCACACAGAAGAGGAGAGCUAAGUUUGUGGAUAUGAUGGGCUGGCGCCUCGAGAUGGCGGAUGGAGUGGACAUCCCCGUCUCCUUCAACCCGGGCAGCAGCAGCGUGGUGGCCGACCUCCAGGAGCUGCCCUCAACAGUUCACAGUGCCUCCUGGGUGGCACCUCCCUCCUACCUGGGAGACAAGGUUUCCUCCUAUGGUGGCUACCUCACCUACCAAAUCAAGUCCUUUGGACUACCUGGAGACAUGGUUCUUCUGGAAAAGAAGCCGGAUGUGCAGCUCACCGGGCAGCACAUGUCUGUCAUCUAUGAUGAGCCGAAUCCCCCCCGACCGGACCGGCUGUAUCACGCGCGGGUGCAGGUGGUGGAGGCAAACUUCAGACACGCCAGCAGCCGUGCCCCCGUGUCUCGGGAAGAGCUGAUGAUCGUGCUGUCUAGACUGGAAGGUGUGCGUCUGCGGGGCCUCUACUUCACCGAGACGCAGCGGCUCACCCUGAGCGGGGUGGGGCUGGAGGAGGCCUCGGACACAGGAAGUGGGCGUCAUGCACACAACGUGGAGAUGUGUGCCUGCCCCCCUGACUACACUGGUGACUCAUGUCAGGGGUGUAGCCCUGGAUACUACCGGGAUAACAAAGGCUUCUAUACCGGACGGUGCGUUCCCUGCAACUGCCACGGACAUUCGAAUCGAUGCCAGGAUGGCUCGGGAAUCUGCAUUAACUGUCAGCAUAACACUGCUGGGGAACACUGCGAGAGCUGCAAAGAGGGUUACUAUGGAAACGCCAUCCACGGAUCCUGCCAGGCCUGCCUGUGUCCUCAUUCAAACAGUUUUGCCACUGGCUGCAUCGUGACCGGAGGAAACAUGAGGUGCUUGUGCAAACCUGGCUACACUGGAACACUGUGCGAAAGGUGUGCACCGGGCUAUUUUGGGAAUCCCCAGAAAUUCGGAGGUAGCUGUCAGCCAUGCAAUUGUAACAGCAAUGGCCAGUUGGUCAGUUGUGACCCCCUGACCGGAGACUGCAUGAACCAAGAACCCAAGGAUAGUGGCCCUGGAGAAGAAUGUGAUGAUUGUGACAGCUGCGUGAUGACGCUCUUGAAUGACCUGGCCACCAUGGAUGACGAGCUCCGCCUGGUCAAGUCUCAGCUCCAGGGCUUGAGUGUCAGUUCCAGGACCCUGGAGCAGAUGAGACAUUUGGAGACCCAGACCAAGGACCUGAGGAACCAGUUGCUCAACUACCGUUCCACCAUUUCAAGUCAGGAAUCAAAAACGGAUGGCCUGGAAAAAGAACUGAGUAACUUGAAUCUUGAAUUUGAAGCUUUUCAAGAAAAGGUUCAAUUAAAUUCCAGAAAAGCACAAACAUUAUAUAACAUUGUUGAUCGGGCAAUCCAAAGUGCGGAAGAGCUGAACACAAAGAUUAAAAAUGCCAUCUAUAAUGUGCACAUUCUGAUGGAGCAGAUCUCUGGGACAGGCGGAGAAGGAAACAGGGUGCCAUCAGGUGAUUUUUCCAGAGAGCUGGCUGAAGCGAAAAGCAUGAUGGAGGAACUCAGGAGCCGCAACUUUGGGAAGCAACUGAGAGAAGCAGAAGCUGAAAAAACAGAGGCUCAGCUCUUGCUGAACCGGAUAAGGAGCUGGCUGGAAAAGCACCAGGUGGAGAACAACGGACUUGUUAAGAACAUACAGGAUGCUUUAAAUGAAUACGAAGCCAAACUCAGUGACCUCCGCACCACGAUGCAGGAGGCAAGUGCCCAAGCAAAGCGGGCUGCUGGCCUCAACCGAGACAACGAGAGGACUUUGGAGUCCAUCACGAAACAAGUUAAAGAAAUGAAGUCCCUCCAGAGUGAUUUCACCAAGCAUCUGACCAUUGCAGAGGCUUCCUUAAUGCAGACGAAUACUGUCUUGCAGCUAAUGAGGAAAAUCCAUGAGGAAUAUAAAAAAACAGCUGCCACUUUAAAUGAAGCAAGACAGGAACUGAGUGACAAAGUGAGAGAACUUUCCAAGUCUUCCAGCAAAGAGCCCCUGGUGGAGGAGGCAGAGAAGCACUCGCAGUCUUUACAGGCACUGGCAAAGCAGCUGGAGGAGAUCAAGAGGAACACCAGCGGGGAUGAGCUGGUGCGCUGUGCCGUAGACGCUGCCACUGCCUACGAGAACAUCCUCAAUGCCAUCACAGCGGCGGAGGAUGCGGCUGACAAGGCAGCCAGGGCAUCAGAGUCUGCCCUCCAGACAGUGAUAAAGGAAGAUCUUCCAAGAAAAGCUAAAACUCUGAGUUCCGGUAGCCAUAAACUGUUAAACGAAGCCAAGAGAACGCAGACGAAGCUACAGCAAGAAAUCAGUCCGGCUCUCAGCAACCUGCAGCAAACUCUGAAAAUUAUGACAGUUCAGAAAGAAAUGAUAAACACCAAUCUCACAACCAUCCGCAAUGAUCUUCGUGGGAUCCAGAGAGAUGACAUCAGUGGUAUAAUCAGUAGUGCAAAGACCUUGGUCAGAAAUGCCAACGACAUCACAAAUGAGGUUCUCGAUGGGCUCAGCCCCAUUCAGACAGACGUGGAAAGGAUUAAGGAUACCUAUGGCAGCACGCAGAGAGAAGACUUCAACCAGGCUCUCACUGAUGCAGAUAAUUCAGUAAGGAAAUUGACCAAUAAACUGCCUGAUGUUUUGAGCAAGAUUGAAAGUAUCAACCAACAGCUGUUGCCACUGGGCAACAUCUCGGACAACGUGGACCGCAUACGGGAGCUAAUUCAGCAGGCCAGAGAUGCUGCGAAUAAGGUGGCCAUCCCCAUGAGGUUCAACGGUAAAUCUGGAGUCGAAGUCCGGCUGCCGAACGACCUGGAGGACUUGAAAGGAUACACGUCUCUUUCUUUGUUUCUCCAAAGACCUGAGUCCGAAGAACAUGGGGGCACCGAGAACAUGUUUGUGAUGUACCUCGGAAAUAAAGACGCCUCCAGGGACUAUAUUGGCAUGGCGGUCGUAGACGGCCAGCUCAUGUGUGUCUACAACCUGGGAGAGCAGGAGGCUGAACUCCAAGUGGACCAGACCUUGACCAAGAGUGAAACUCAGGAGGCAGUUAUGGACCGAGUGAAGUUUCAGAGAAUUUAUCAGUUUGCAAGGCUGAAUUACACCCAAAAAGCCACAUCCAGUAAACCAGAAGCACCUCAACUCCAUGACGUGGAUAGUAAAAGUAGCAACACACUCCUCAAUUUGGAUCCUGAAAAUGUUGUAUUUUAUGUUGGAGGUUACCCAUCUGAUUUUAGACUUCCUAGUAGGCUAAGAUUCCCUCCAUAUAAAGGUUGUAUUGAAUUAGAUGACCUCAAUGAAAAUGUUCUGAGCUUGUACAACUUCAAAAAGACGUUCAAUCUCAACACAACAGAAGUGGAGCCUUGUAGAAGGAGAAAAGACGAAUCAGACAAAAAUUAUUUUGAAGGUACAGGCUAUGCUCGGAUUCCAACUCAGUCAAAUGCUGCAAACCCAUUCUUUACCCAGAUAAUUCAGACCACCGUGGAUAGUGGUUUGCUAUUCUUCGCAGAAAACCAGGACUGCUUCAUGUCUCUAAAUAUAGAAGAUGGACGUCUCAUGGUGCGGUACAAAGUGGAUUCAGGGCCGCCAAAAGAGAAAGAAAUUGGAGCCAUCGUAAACGAUGGGAAGGAUCAUUUGAUUUCGGUCAGGAUUUCAAGACUCCAAAAACGUAUGCGGAUCCGUAUGGAUUCUCUAAGCAGUAUUGAAGGUGAUGCCUUUGAUUUUAGCACAUAUUAUCUGGGAGGAAUUCCAAUUUCAAUCAGAGAAAGGUUUAACAUUUCUACACCGGCUUUCCGAGGCUGCAUGAAAAACCUAAGGAAGACCAGUGGUGUUGUUAGAUUGAAUGAUACAGUGGGAGUAACAAAGAGGUGCUCAGAAGACUGGAAGCUCGUGCGAUCUGCCUCAUUCUCCAGGGGAGGACAGAUGAGUUUCACCAAUUUGGACUGGCCAUUGCCCAGCCACUUCCAGGCCUCCUUCGGGUUUCAGACCUUUCAACCCAGUGGCAUCUUAUUAAAUCAUCAGACAAGGUCAAGCAGCCUGCAGGUCACCCUGGAGGAUGGUCACAUUGAACUCAGCACCAGGGAUAGCAGUGGCCCAAUUCUCACAUCUCCCCAGACCUACAUGGAUGGGUUACUGCAUUACGUGUCUGUAAUAAGCGACAACUCUGGACUCCGGCUCCUCAUUGAUGACCAGCCUCUGAAAAACAACCAAAAGCUUCGAGACUUUUCAGAUUCCCAGCAGUCUCUGCGUCUGGGUGGGAGUCAGUUUGAGGGUUGCAUCAGCAAUGUUUUUGUCCGGAGGCUAAUGGAGAGUCCUAAAGUCCUCGACUUGGCUAGUAAAUCCACCAAGAGAGAUGUGUCCCUGGGAGGCUGCAGUUUAAACAAACCACCUUUUCUAAUGUUGCUUAAAGGUUCCACAAAGUUUAACAAAGCCAAGACUUUCGAUAUCUACCAGCCGUUGCGAGACACAGCAGCAGCCUCUUCGAGGAGCUUGAAGGUGUGGGGAGAUGCCCAGUCUUGCCCACCAUCUCCAGGGGCCAAGGCCAGCCAUGGAGCCCUCAGGUUUGGGGACAGUCCCACCAGCCACUUGCUAUUCAUACUUCCGCAGGAGCUGCCAAAACCCAGGUCACAGUUUGCUGUGGACUUGCAGACAACGUCGUCCAGGGGACUCGUGUUUUACACUGGCACUAAGACCUCCUUUAUGGCUCUUUAUCUUUCGAAAGGACGUCUGGUCUUUGCACUGGGGGCAGAAGGAAAAAAACUGAAGCUCAAAAGCAAGGAGAGGUGCAAUGAUGGGAAGUGGCACACGGUGGUGUUUGGGCAUGAUGGAGGAAGGGGACGCUUGGUUAUGGAUGGUCUGAGGGCCCGGGAGGGCAGUUUGCCUGGAAAUUCCACCAUCAGCCUCAGAGCACCAGUUUACCUGGGAGCCUCUCCAUCAGGGAAAUCAAAGAGCCUCCCCCAAAACAGCUUUGUGGGAUGCCUGAGGAACUUUCAGUUGGAUCUGAAGCCUCUGGAGACCCCUUCUGCAAGCUUGGGGGUGUCUCCCUGCUUGGGUGGCUCUUUGGAGAAAGGCAUUUAUUUUUCCCAAGAAGGAGGGCAUGUCAUCCUAGCUAACUCUGUGUUCCUGGGGCCCGAGUUUAAGCUCGUCUUCAGCAUUCGCCCAAGAAGUCUCACUGGAAUCCUCAUUCACAUCGGAAGUCAACCCGGGGAGCACUUGUGUGUUUAUUUGGAGGCAGGGAAGGUCACGGUUUCUGUGAGCAGUGAGGCUGGUGGGAUCUUGACAUCAGUCACCCCAAAACAGUCUCUGUGUGACGGACAGUGGCAUUCAGUGGCAGUCACCAUAAAACAGCACAUCGUGCACCUGGAACUAGACUCGGAGCAUAGCUACACAGCUGGACGGCACCCCUUCUCACCUGCCCACACAAAGGAGCACCUGCACAUCGGAGAUGUCCCAGAUAAUUUGAAAACCCUGAAGCUUCCUGUGUGGAAGUCCUUUUUUGGCUGCCUGAAGAAUAUUCAAGUCAACCACGUUCCUAUCCCUGUCACGGAAGCCACGCAAGUUCAGGGGACUGUCAGUCUGAAUGGCUGUCCUGACCACUAACUCAAACUCAUCACCCAGCGAGGACGUUGCCCUUAAAUGCGCUGAUCACCCCACGUACCUCCAUCUCCCCUCUCAAGGUCAUUCUUGAUUUCAGACACCAUCCGGAGGGGCUUAAUAGCAAAUCUAACUUUUAAUUCCAACCACACACACCCAUCAUUUUGGCAUUCAGUGCCCCAUAUAUAUUUUAUAUAAAAACCCCAUUUCUUGAAGAUGAUGAACAAAUUGUUACAUGCUUUUUGGUAAUACCAUGUUCCACUAAAAGUUAAAUGUCUUCUAAA